UACCUACAAAUUGAAAUAAUUUCAAUUUGAUGUAAUUUUAUGAUAAAUAAUAUAUAAAAUAAUUGUGUACGAACUAAAUUAAACGAAACAAAUAUUUGUUUGUAGUUUGUGUUCGUACAUCUUUAACUAAUAGUUAUCUUAUUGUCUUAACCUGUAUUAUAGUAAAGAAGCUAUUAAAUUAAAAAUAACACUACAUUAGUAGGUCUAGGUACCUAAAUUCUACUUUCAGUUCGCACUAAAAAAAAUAAAAUAAUUUAAUACUGUAUUUUGUAUAUAUGUAUUUAUAUCAUAAUAAUGGACAACACUUCAUCUUUUAACGACAUUAUCAUGGGCAAACCUAGAACUGCUGGAGAUGGCAUGGAAUCAAAUGAAAAAAUUCUAGAAGGAAAAGCUGCAACUGAUAAAGCUAUUAUUAAAAAUAAAGAACACUCAAUAUUGGGCACUAGGCUUAUCCAGGUUUACCCCAAAAAUAUAAGUAUUAUAGAGAGGAGAAGUUCUCAAAUUUAUUCUAAAAAUCCUAAGUUUGUUCCAUAUGAGCCAUAUCCUGCUGCUGUUAAGCCAUUAACACCACAUUUGCAUAAAAAGAAUACAAAAAAAUCAAAAAAUCAUAUGGAUAUCAAUACUUUGGUAUCACAAAUGUCACAGAUGAAAACAAGCCUUAAUGAAUAUAAGCCCAGAACAAAAUUAUUAUCAAGCAACAGCACAAGUGAUGAAAAAGGAUCACAAAACAAUGAAAUGCAAGAAAAAAUUGAUUCAUUGAUCAAAGAAAAUGCAUGUUUGCAAGAGCAAUUGAAACAGCAAGUUCAGGUAAAUAAGGAACUGAAAACAAUGUUAGUUGCGUCAAUGGGAGAGGACCUUGAAGUACAAGUCCAGUCGCUCAAUGAUGAUAAGAAACACUUGGCCAAUGCAUUGCUUAACUCAGCACAGCAUUUAACCACACACCAGGAACAAACUGAAUGGUUGGCAGGACAAUGUGAGGUGUGGAGAAGUAAAUUUUUAGCAAGCAGUUUACUGAUAGAAGAACUGGCAGAGUGUAAAAAACUUCUAUCAGAGAAGACAAUAAACUUACAGCAAGCCGUGAAACAGUUACUUGAUGAACGAUGCAGAGUGCAGGAUAUGAUGAAAUGUACUUAUAAGGGUCUGUACAGUUUGCAUGAGAAGUGGCUUGAGAACAUCACGGAACCUGAAUACACAAGUAGGAAAUUAUUCAACCGUCCAAUUGCUGAUAUAAAUCUGGGAGCAAUCAUGCCACAUUCAACAAAUAUUUUGGAUUUGGCAUCAGUGAACUUGAAACUGUCUGAAAAUCUUAGUAAAGAUGUUCCCAAGCAGGAUAUAAGCCAUUUGGAUGAUUUAUCAAGUAUAAGUGAUGGAGAAAAAUAUGCAGAACAGGUUAUGUCAAUGCCCGUGGACAUAAAGAGAGGGAACGAUGUGCCAGUGAACGCGUUAGUUCACCACGCAUAUAACAAUGUAAACGUCACCUUGCCCGUUGCUUCAUGCGUGCAUUGUAAUGGGAGAGUGCAGCUGCUGUAGUGUACUUUACAUUACAUUUACGAGUGUAUAUUAUUCGCUCAACUACACUAUAGUGUUAAACAAGUACCUCUGAAAACUUGGCAAUUUUUAUUUAUUAAUAAAAAACAAAUUUUACAUGGAGGUUUCAAAGCAAUAAAAACCACUGAGGUUUGUACAAUUAUUGUGUAAAUGUGUAAUGUACAAAAAAUGUACAAUUUGCAAUCAGAACCUCAUACUGAACAUAUUACAACUGGAAAUUCUGAAGAACUGAUGACACACCGUCAUUAAAAAAAUAUUUUUUAUUAAUUUCAUUUGUGUAAUUGUUAAUGCUUAGUAUAAUACCUAGAUUAUUUUGUAUUAAUUCAAUGACACAUGUUCUCUCAGUAUUUUUUAAAUAAAAAUACGGGUCGAAACGAGCAGGACGUUCAGCUGAAAGUAAUUGAUACGCCCUGACCAUUACAAUGCAGUCCCUCUCAGUAUUCUUGAAAAACCCAAAAAUUAUGAGCGGCACUACAAUUACGCUCGUCACCUUGACACAUAAGAUGCCUCAUUUGGCCAGUAAUUUCACUAGCUACGGCGCCCUUCAGACCGAUAAACAAUAAUGCUUACACAUUAUUGUUUCACUGCAAAAAAGGCGCCGUUGUCCUGUGCAAAGGAGCCUCUCACUUGUUGCUGUCUCGAAGGCACAAACUGCAGACACUAAGUUUAAAAGCAAAUUAUAUUAUUAAAUGUGACCCAACUAGGAGUGAGACAGAAGGAGUAUGUCCUCCUUUUAUAUAUAUUUCAUCUCAGUGUAUAUGUGUACAUACAUGAAUGUACAUUUCUACAUUCCCAUUAUUUGUAAUCAAAGUACCUGUGUAAAAUUGUAAAUAUUACUUGUAAUAGAAUACUACUAAAAUAUAAACACUUGUUUUGAUUGUAAAAUAUACUGCCUAUAUUUGUAAAAAUAAUUUGCCUAUUUUUUUUUAUUCUUAAGAAGAAAAAUGAAGUAACACAAAGUUAUUUUAUGCUAUUAUUUUGUUAGAUUUUUAAUGAGUGGUUGUCUCUUAAUAUUAUAAUUUGGAGAAACAAUACUUAUGUGAUAAAAGGAUUGUAAAAAUACCACUUUUUAUAUAAAUAUGGAUAUUUAAAAGUAUUAAAUUAAAUGUCACUAAGACGAAAUCUACACCUCAAUCGAUUUCUCGCCUUAUUUUGUUAUUAGGAAUUGCUAUUUUGCUUUGAACUUAUAAUAGAAUAAAACUCCGUUUAAUUCUGUAUAAAUUAAAACAAAGACAAUGGGAUGUGGCAUACAAAAAAAAACGACUAAAAGGACUUUAUCGGCUGUUGACGUGAAGUGCGCAGAGUUUUUUCUCGAAGUCCUACCUACCCAUUAACAUUCAUUAUUGUAACGUAAAAUUAAAGUGUUUUAUUUUUAAAUAUUUAUUUUAUUGUAAUCUCUUAGGAAUGUUAAGUCAAACGUGAAAAUUGAAUUAUUUAUACGCGUUUGAAUCCUUUAUAAUUUUUUGAUUAAAAUUUUUUUAUUACUAUUCUACAUUGGUAGGGAUAUUGAUGUAAAAAUGUAGGUAAUUUUGUACAGCUAUUUAUUCAUAAAUAAAAGGUUUAAUAAUUAA